UCGGAAGAGGUGGAGGAUGUUCAGGAGUGCUUGGGACCUGCAGAUGAGUGAGCGGUAGUGUUUUAGUUGAUCAGGCCUACAGGUGUGUCACAGGACACAUCCAGCAUGGGUGACCUGCUGGGACUGGACAACCUGGUGGCCAACACGGCCUACCUGAGGGCUCAGCAUAUACACCGUGAUGAGCUGAGGAAGCAGAGGGUCUUCCUGACGCUGCCCAAACCAAAGAUGUCCUCUGCUCUCCAGGCAGCAGUGGGGAGGAAGUACGAGUCUCUGUGUGAGAGACAGCCUAUCGGGAGGAAGUUGUUCCAGCAGUUUCUCCGGACCUCUAACCCGCAGUACGGGGUUGCCACUGAGUUCCUGGAGGAGCUGAGUCACUGGAGCUUUGCUGAAGAUGAAGCCAAAGAGAAAGCCAAAGAGAACAUCCUCGCACAGUUCUGUCGACCUGGGUCCGAGAGUUUCCUCUCAUACCUCACAGGAGAGGAAGCUGAAAGUUGCAAGAAUCUAUCAGAGAAAAACUUCGAGGUGGUGACGUUGGGCAAGAUAAAAGAAGCCACAAGAGACUACCUGUGGGGGAAACCUUUCUCUGAGUAUCUGAACAGCCCCUUUUUUUAUAGGUUCCUGCAGUGGAAGGAGUACGAGAAGCAGAGGAUCAACGACAAAUACUUUUAUGAGUUUAGGACUUUGGGAAGAGGUGGCUUUGGUGAGGUGUGUGCGGUGCAGGUGAAACACACAGGCCAGAUGUACGCCUGCAAGAAGCUGGAUAAGAGGCGCUUGAAGAUGAAAAGUGGCGAGCGGAUGGCCCUUGUGGAGAAGCAGAUCCUGGAGAAGGUCAACAGCCUCUUCAUUGUGAACCUGGCCUACGCCUACGACAACAAGACCCACCUGUGCCUGGUCAUGGACCUCAUGAACGGAGGUGACCUCAGGUUCCACAUCUACCACCUCGGGAAGCGGGGUAUCCGUAUGGAGCGUGUUAUUUACUACACGGCCCAGAUAACCACUGGGAUGCUCCACCUGCACUCUAUGGACAUUGUGUACCGGGAUAUGAAGCCUGAGAACGUGCUGCUGGAUGCUAGAGGACAGUGUCGGCUGUCCGACCUCGGAUUGGCUGUGGAGCUGCCAAAGGGCAAAACGAUCUGCCAGAAGGCUGGUACGACUGGUUACAUGGCCCCUGAGAUCCUGAGGCAGGAGUACUACCGCACCUCUGUGGACUGGUGGGCUCUGGGCUGCAGCAUCUACGAGAUGGUGGCCGCCCGUUUGCCUUUUAGAGACUUCAGAGAAAAGGUCCAGAACGAGGAGGUGACUCGUCGCGUUCUGGAGGACGAGUGCAAGUUUGAACACAAACACUUUGACGCUCCCACCAAAGACAUCAUCAGAAGCUUUCUGAGGAAGAAGGAGAUGCAUCGCCUCGGGUGCCGUAGCGGGGAUGACCCACGGACCCACGCGUUUUUCAAGAGCAUCAAUUUCCAUCGUCUGGAGGCCGGGCUGGUGGAGCCUCCCUGGGUGCCAAAAUCCAACGUGGUCUACGCCAAGGACACGAACGAGUUCAGGUACACCUCCGAGGUCGAGACCGCCAUCAAGUUCGAGGGCAAGGAUGAGAAGUUCUUCAAGCAGUUCAGCACAGGCGCCGUCUCCAUCCGCUGGCAGAAGGAGAUGAUCGACAGCGGAGUGUUUGACGAACUGAACGACAGCAAAGUGAACGGUCACGUCUGUGAGACCAUAUGGGAAUCCAGGACGUGCAUUAUUUUGUAAACAUACUCAAUAGUAUGUACAACUGGGUAAUAAUACACUUGAUUUUAUUUGACAUUUCCAAAGUGCCUGGUAUAAUACCAGCUGAAGCAGCUCAGGUACCAUUUUAAACAGGCCUUUUUCCUUUAUUUGAAUGUAUUUUCUUCUGAAAGGGGAAUCAUCUUGACGCCACAGCCAAACAUCUGAUGAUGGGACUUCUACCUCAGUGGUAAAAUAAAACCACAGUCAGACACGCUGACAUUGUACUGCAACUGCUGCUUUUAUACUUUGCCCUCUAUUCCUGGUGAGACAGCAGACCCCAGUGGCGUGCAUAGUUUCCAUUACAUCACUCAGACAUUUUGGCAGGCCUGAAGUGUUUACAUGUGUUAGUAAACAACCGAUAUAAUGGCUGUAUGUCGCUGAAUAGCAGCAGGAUUAUUAUUAGUAUUUAAAGUAAUGUGCCACAUUUGUUACACAGACAUAAAUGCCAUGAAUGCCUUUUGGCUCAUGUGAGCCGACGAUGUGAAAUGUGACCUCAGUGAAGUCCCUCAGUAGCAGACGUUCACCACUAAGUGCCGCCAGACGCCCGUGAAGUGCGUUCAAACCUCCCGCAGCACUCUUCAUCAUCCCCAUUAUCCUCCUGGCUGAGCUGCUCCGGUAUUUACAAGCACUGGAUGACUCGUUCAGCUUUAACAAGGGAAUGCAGGGAGACAAAUUGUCGUAGUUUUUCCCCCGCAAAAAAUAAAAAAAAGAUGUUAACAUUGAAUUUGUGGCUUUAACAAGGCAAUACCAACCCCCUUUAUUACCCCCCCAACCAGCCUGUGUUUACAAGCCAUGCACAAGCUAAGAAAGAGACGUUUACUACUUAAAACAUAGCAACAACAAAACAUAUUUAGCUUUUACAGACGGUUAGUUCUUGUAUCCAUGUAUGGACUGUGCUAACUGCAUGACAAAAGCUCCAAGUUCCAUGUGCUAUUGUUGUUAAUAAGUAUUGUUUAAUUUGAGUUUUCAUCCCUAGAUGAUUGCAUAGAGAUGAAAUGAGGGAGUAACAUGUGACAAAGGUCCCUGGAGAGACUCAAACCAGGGAAGUUGCGAUGCAGAAUCUUCAUGCUACCAGGAUGGCCCAGGUGUCUUAUUUCUGACUCAAAUUAUAAUUUAAAUCUCUGUUUUACUUGAAGAUGUACUGUGUCAUGCAUGUCUUUUUAGUCUUUUUUUUGUGUGGCAUUGUCAGUACGUAACAGUGCCAAUAAUAUUUUGUAAUAUUAAAAAGGGAUUUUCCAAUGUUCUAUGUGACCUUUUUGGCUUCUAAUGAUUUUAUAUGCUGUUUAUAGCUUUGUAAUACUUCUUGCUUCAUGCUUGUGUUUUUCACAACAACGUUUGGUGCUCUUUUUUUAUUAAACGUUCAAGCCGGGUGACAACAUUUUGUGCAGUCAAAAGACGCCGCAAAUAUGCCCUCCUGGAUGCCCCUAUGGUUGAUAAAUGUUGAUAAAACAUGAUUCAGCUCCCUUUAGAGUGCCCUUCCAGUAGAGAAAACAUGAUGAAGUACCCUAUAGGGUGCCCUUCCAGUAGAGAAAACAUGAUGAAGUGCCCUCUAGGUGCCCUUCCAGUAGAGAAAACAUGAUGCAGCUCCCUUUAGAGUGCCCUUCCAGUAGAGAAAACGUGUUGCAGUGCCCUUCCAGUGGAGAAAACAUGAUGAAGUACCCUCAAUAACUGGCUGACAUUAAAUCAACGCUACGAUGCUGUGUCCUCCCUGCACAUGAAAUCAUACCUGAUGUUCUCCUGGCACUGCUGUCAGUCCUUUUUAGGACCCGACGUCUCUUCUCCGCUGCUAUUUCGUAGCCCAACUAACGUACACUAACUAUAUUCUGUACGCUAGCGAUGUUCAGUACAGAUGACAUUUUCCCGCCGAUCGCUGAAUGAAUAUUUCCAGAUCGUGCAUAACAUUUAUAUGCAUGUCAUCCUCAGUUUGUGAGGUGCACACCGUGCGCCCACAGCGCUCGGAGGGGAAGCUCCAGUCCCUACUGCAGCUUGAGAGGAGAGAUGUCUAGAGCAGAGAAAAUGUACAUUUCAACUUAAUUUAUGCUUCUCACAGUACUGUAGUC